AUGACAUACGAAAUACAUGCUAACAAUCCACUCGUACUUUUAAAGAAAAAUUUAGGUGCAGGAAAAAGUACUCUGGGAAACUUACUUCUCGGGAAACCACAUGAUAAUGGUCCUUUUUAUACGUCAGCGAGUAUGGAGUCCGUCACGAAUGAAUGUAAAACGGAGAUGAUUUCAAUCAAUGGUACAAUGUAUGAUAUUGUUGACACUCCCGGAAUUUUUGACACUCAACAAGAUAUAGAUGAAACACUUAAAAAGAUUGCAAAAUCUGUUAAUAAAUGCAAUCAUGAAGCGCAUCGGUUUACCAAUGAGCAGAAAGAUGCUUUGAGCAAAAUAAGAGGUUUUCUUGGAAGAGACGCAACAAGCCAUAUUAUCGCUGUUUUCUCUCAUGCAAAUAAAAUGCAGACCGAACGUAGAGACGAAAUGGAAAAGGCUUGGAAUAAUCCCGUUCAAUCCUUUAUUCAAAAUGUUAAAAGCCGUUGGGGAAUAUCUCCAAAUCCUGAUGUUUUUUCGCCUAAUAACCCAGUAUAUGGUUCCCGAUUAAAGGAAAUCAAAGAUUUAAUAAAUGGUAUACAGGGAGUUUACGCAACUGAACAGCUUGAGAAAAAUCUGCAUGAACAAGAGGAGGCUCGACGUCGAAAAGAAGAGGAAGAUAAAAGAAAACAACGGGAUUACGAAGAAAUGCUAAAAGAAAAUGCAAGAAGAGAAGCUGAGACAAAACAUAGGCAAAUGGAAAGAGAAUUGGAAAGAGAAUUGGAAAGAAAAUGCAAAAGAGAAAUGGAAAGAAAAAGAGAAUUGGAAAGAAGAGAAAUGGAAAGAAGAAGAGAAAUGGAAAGAAGAAGAGAAAUAGAAAGAAGAGAAAUAGAAAGAAGAGAAAUGGAAAAAAAAAGAGAAAGGGAAAGGGAAAGAGAAAAUCAAGCUAAAGCUGUCAGUCAAAGUGUUGAGGAUGAUUCAGGUAUUUAUGCAGUAGCAGGAGCUAUGGGGGGUAGUGUUGCGGGACCGCUCGGUAUGGUUGCAGGCGCUGCUAUGGGAUAUGCAUUUGGCAAAAUAUCUAGUUUAGUAAAGAAAUAA